AAAAUUGUCUUGUAGUAUUUCCAUUUAGAAUUCCCAGCUGUAACCGUAACUAUUGCCAUUUCCCUUUCACUGGAAAUGUCUUGGGGGAAAACGCCUUUUACUUUAAGUGCUGCUGCAGUUGUUGUUGUUAUUGCUGUUUCUAUUGUUGUUGCUGCCUGCGCUGCCGGUUCUCCUCGGUCGACGUCGACGUCACAGCUGCCAUUUGAGUGUGUGCGUUUGGCCGAGCAAGAAGUUCCACUUCCAGUUUCCAAGCUGCGCUCAUGGCUAUUUAUAAAAACAAAAACAGAAAAGAUAACAUUGAGCCAGUCAAGCGAGGUUUUUUUUGUGCUUUAUAUAUAUUUUUGGCCAAGCGAAAUCUUUGAAAGAAAUAAAUUAACGAGCUGCAAGUGAUUUUGCGCAUGCUCCGCGUUUAGUGGGUGGCAAAGAGAGUCAAAAGUGAGAGGGAGAGAGUGGGAGAGAGCCGCGCGAUGACAGUUAUUCAUUUUCUCUUGUGACUCUGAACAAUUCGCAUUAAUUUAGCAAUUAGUUUUAAUGUUUACAUUCACCGAGCAUCAAGGCAAUUGAAUAAAAAACUACAAAAUCAUGUGACCCCCGGCCCGGAUGAAAAGAAAUAAAAGGAACGGAAAAACGGGGUGAAUUACGACGAGGGAAAAAGAAAACACCCCUAUAUGUACCGCCAAACAAGCCGAAAGUGCCUAGACGGAAUUUGUAAAAUGCUUUAAAAAUUACAUAAUACAAAUCGAAGAGGAAAUCGUCAACGAACCGAUUUAAAUUUAAAUGUGCUUAGAUCUAAAGCAGGAACGCUAAGUGACUAAGAAAAAAAAAUUGCCAAAGAAAACGAAAGAAAUCAACAAAGACAAAAUGACGCACGUAAACAACAGGGAAGAAAUGGAAAAGGAGAUGGAGCCAACGGGAGAGCGAGAGAGAGACAGGGAGACUGCUGCCGGCAGCGGGGUCCGUCAUCGAUUUUUAGCCAGUGCAUCGGAGCGAGAUGCCAAUAGCAGGAAUGCAUUGGAAGCUGCAGCGACAGCAACAACAGCCACGACAGCCACAACGAUUACCAACUUGGAAGACUUGGCCUUCGAGGCAUGCCAAAAUUGGUCGGAAUUGCACCAAGACUUCUUCAUCACGGACGAUGAACUUGAGUACGAGGAUGAACUCUCUUUGGGCAGCAGCAUUGGCAACAUUGCAAUAACAACGGCAGCAGAUGCAGCAGCAGAUGCUAUAAUAACGGGAGAACAGCAGAACGAGCAGCUGCUGAUGGAAGUUCUAUGCGGCAACCGCGUUAGCCAGAUGACUCGGGCGUACGAUGACAUUGAGGCCGUGACGCGACUGCUGGAGGAGAAGGAAAAGGACCUGGAGCUGACCGUUCAGAUUGGCAAGGAGUUGCUCACGCAGAACAAUGCACUCGAGGCACGGGUCGCGGAUCUGGAAACCGAUCUCAAGGCCUCCAACGACGAUCGCGCCCAGCUGGUUCACGAGCUGCACAAGAAGAACGAGCUCAUCUCUGUGCUUACCAACGACGCAGAUGAUGGCACAGAUACUGACACUCCCACCAUGUCGAAGUCUAUAACUUUGGAUCUACUGCAGCGCAAGGUCAACUCUCUGCUUGACGAGAACAAGUCUCUGAAGUCCGAGGCCACUCAACUGGCCCACCAGACGGACGAGGUAGAGGAGCACGAGCGCCAGCUGAUGGCCGAUAUCAGUGCUCAAUUAAGCGAUGCCAAUUCGCAGUACGACAACCUCAGUUUGGAGUUGGAACGGCAGCGGGAGGAAAACCGGCUGCAACAUGAGCAGAUCGUGAAUCUGACCGCUCGCCUGGCGGAGGCGGAAAUGCGGUUGCACCAACUGACGCAAGACAACGACGAACAUCUCUCACUGCUUCACGUGACCAAAGAAAACCAAAAUGCUUUGGCACUGGAACUGGUGGAGUUUAAGCAGCGUUACGAAGAGGUGCUCGCUCUGCUUCACUCUGCUCAGGAUCAACUGAAGCAGCAGCGAAAGCGGUCGCAGCCACAGGCCAGGAGCUCAUUCCUCGGCGGCCUUGGAACGAGUGGCGCUGGCAUGGGCGGUAGUCUCUUCGCUCCGGAUUCGCUGCACUGCGAGCUUAUGGAGUCGUCCCUGUACUCAGAGAAUAGCCUAGACUCUGGCAUAUCCGGCGAUAGCCAGCGAGCAGCGGAUCGCAUAAGCCGCAUGAUGAUGCACAUGCCGUCGGGCGGCAUGAGUUCGUCCACCAUGGGAGGUAGCGUGUAUGCUGGAGCUGGCAAUGUGCCGCCUUACAAGCGGGUGUUCGAUACAGUGCGAUGUGCCGGCAAAAGCGGCAACUACAUGGACAGCGGCAAUGUGUCGAUGACCCAACUGGGAGCCAUGUCGAUGAGCAGCUCUUCGGGGCCGCGCAUGGCUUCGAUGGCGUAUCCAGCGGGCUCUUACUAUCGUGGCGGUAGCAAUCAAUCGCUGGGAGUUAAAACUCUGUCAAGCGAGAGUCUCAACUCCCAGUCUGAUGACGGCUAUCCAGCCCAGCCCUCUGGUGUGCCAGGAGCGCCCGGCGCCAAGGAGCUGGAGGCGGCUCUCAAGAGGCUGACGCCGGCUGAGGUCUUGGCCCGCCGUGCUAUGUUGUCCUAUGCGCCGGCUGGAACCUAUAACUACGACGAACCCAUAGGUCACGGAACAGGUAACGCCCGAAACUCGGACCUACCUCUGGGCGUGCGCACGCCGGACAGUAUCAUGUCAACCGGCUCCUCGGGAAUGUCGGGGUCCACGAAUCACAUGUCCGCCUCGAUGACGCACCAGUGGCGCCUACCCGAGAAGCUGCAGAUCAUCAAACCCAUGGAGGGAUCGCAGACCUUGCACCAUUGGUCGCGCUUGGCCACGCCCACGCUCAGUGGACUGCUAGACGAGCGUCCCGGCGUGACGAUCCGUGGUGGUCGUGGGUUGGACGAUCUGGGAAUGCAGAUCUACACGCUGUCGGACGUAGAGGAGGAUGUUAGCGAUGAUCUACCCGGCAAGCAGUUUGAGGCACCGGGCUGCACGUUCACGUACACCAACAGCAUGGUCAUGCAUCCGGACGACGGAUUCGUUAACGAUCUGUCAUUCCUCUCACAGUCGCAGAUGUCGUCUCGAAUGGCCUCCACGUCGACGUCCAGGCAACCCAGUUGUCCUGCCACGCCGCGUGCUGGAUUGUCGCGCAAAAAUUCCUGCUCCACAUUUUCGGUGAACCUCGGACUCGCUGGAAUGCUGAACGAGAGGGGCAUCAAGGCGGUGACGCCCAGUGCCCUCAACACGCCCGCCGGUCCCAACUUUACGCCCACGGUGACGCCAUGCAACAGCCCAGAGGGAUCACCUCCUCGCGCCCAGUCGCCCGAGCCGCUCUUUGGACUGCUCUCGUCUGGGGCAGAUCUGAUCCGACGGAAAAUCGUAGGCGAUCAGCAUCAGCAGCAGCAACAGAAGCAGAGGAGCAGCCUUAGCAAGCAGCAGCAGCAGAAGAUCAUGCUGUCGCACCUGGAAAGACGGGCCCUGCGAUCGCUGAACUUGAUUGAGAAGGUGGAGAGCAUUGGACUGGAGAACAUAAUAAGCGCACAGAGAGGCCUUGGCUCAGGAAUCGCCAACCGCAGCAGCUCGCCCCUGAGUAGUGGUAGCCUGCAGAGUCUCCACACCAGCAGCAACAGCAUUGUGGACGACAUACACUUCGAUCGGGCACAGAUCAAGGGUGUGCUGCAUAGAGGCCUGAAGUCGCCCACGCCCGCUACACCAUCAACAUCAGCUGCGGCGGCUGCAGGAUUAGUUAUAUCGACCAGCAGCAGCACGAGCGCUUACAACAGCGAUGACAGCGACGACCAGGGUUUGGUAAUGAAGAUCAAACCGUCGAAGAGCGCGAAACCCACAACAACAGGAGCAGCACAAAGUCAGCCAAGCUCAGGGGCGAGUGCCCAGACGACGACAUCCAACGGCACGGCGAGCGAAACGCGACUGAAGCAGAUGCAGCGCCAGAAAUCGCGCAGGCAGCUAAAGAACGGAAUGGCUAACCAGCGGCCUGACCUGGGCACAAUUUCUGCUGCCGGAGGAGGCGGACGAGUACGUCCCGAUCUGGGAAAGGUAGCCGACAGUGGCAGCAGCAAGCUCAGCACCACCAAACGAAAUGAGGCUAAGCCUGCGGAAGAGGAAGAGGCGACGCCACAGACCAUCACACAGGCGUUUGUGGGUUCAGUUAGUUCCUUGCUUUUUGGCCGCAAGGGCGGUUGGCUGUAAAACGAAUAGCUAAUCAUUCACAACCUUAUUCUUACGCUUGCUGGACUAUAAUUUACUUUUAAAGGAAUGGAAAGAUGCCUUUUGCGAGUAAAAUAACAUUUUUAUUUAAGCACUUCGCGAGAACAAGUUGAAUAACGAAACGUAAUGUAAUCGUGUGAUGUACGUUUAGUUUAAUUUUUCUGUUUAAAACCCCGCAUAAUGCCUGUCAUCGCCACCAUAAGCAACACUGGAAAAAGGUUUUAGUGUUUGUAGCUGUGAUUUGUAAAUACAUAUAGAGAAAUGUUUAAAUUUAGUGGUUAUUAAUCAAGUACUUCGCAUAUUAUUAUAAUUUUUGCAUCAACUGACGGCGGCAAUAUAAGAACAAAACGAGGGCCAGUUCGUUAGAAACCGAGUUCCAAAGCAGCUAUUUUUAAUUUACACUACAUUUUGCCAAUUUUGUAUUUAUUUUCCCUGUGUUUAUUACCACUUAAACGAAAACGAAACCAAGUAUACAUUUAUUUUUAUGAUUUCGUUGUGUAUAGGGUCAAAGCAGGUGCAACGUUGUAUAUAGAAAGAACAAAAUGAGAGAAAUCAAUCUGUAACUUGAAUGUGGUUAAGCAAAGAGGUACAUAUAUAUUUUUUUACACGCGUAUAUAGUUUGCGUUUUUCGCUUUCCACACAAGAGACGUACUCCGUAGCCCCUCGCCUCCCCACUCCACCCAAACCUGUAUCACAAAGGUCAUAACUCAAAAUGCUAUUGCUUUGACUUAAAUCCUAAUUCGGUGCUAAUGGCGCCACCAUACGAAAAUACAUCAAUUAUAGUGAAAAACUAAUUUUUUCUAGUCCUACACUGGGUGGGUGCUCGUUUGGCUAUGCACAACUUCAGAGCAUAGCUUCAAAACAGAGCGCACUUAGCCCGAGACACAAGAACUUAAGAGCACUGAACAAAUGUGUGAAGAAAUCCGUAUAAAUAGGUUCAUCGAUAGAGAACCGCAUCCAGUAAGAUCCAAGAUCCAGUAAUAAAUGCACUAUGGCCAACCAACCAAGCAUUAGCAUAAACGGACACAUGUUAUCCAAUCACUCGCGAACACACUAGCUCGCAGUUAUAGUCUAUUAGCAGGAUUCUCAAAUCUGAAGUGUAAAGUUGAAGAUCAGAUCAGUACUUUUGUUAUUUUUACUUCGAGUGGUUUUAAUUUGAAGAACGAAAAUAUCAUGGAAUAAGAAUAUAUCGAUUAAGAUCAAGAAGUAACAUAUGUUUAUUGGAGUUGUACGCCUUUUUCGAGGAUUUUUGUUUAAUAGCAUUUCAACUGAGGAGUUGGCAUUAAAAGCUAAUCGAGUGCGUGCCCUAAAGCGUAAAUUAUACAAACAUUUGGAAUACAGAAAGGAAUGUAAAAGUUAUUAGUUUUAAUUAUCAAUAUAUUUAUUUAUAUCUGCAAAAUAAAGAGAACAUCGUUAAAUACAA